AUGAACAACAGUGAGAAGCUCGGGCUGAUCGAACGGGUCGAUCAUGCCUCAGAGGACCAGGCCAAGCGGACUCUGAGGUCCAUGAUUCUGAAGUGUACUGUUACGCAGCCCACGAUCGCAAGAGCAAUCAAGGAUGCCAUCGAGCGGCACACGCCAACUCCCAUGAUCGUCUAUCAGCAGCCAGAGUCCGAAGACGACGAUGAGUCAGCGCCCACUACUUCUCACAAGAAAUCUAACAAAAAGAAGAACCAAGACGGUAGCAGCCAGGACGAGGACGUUCCUGCCUCAACUUCGAAAAAGCGUCGGAGCACUCGGCGUGGCGACAUCAAUGCCGACCCGCUCGUCGGGCAGCUCAUUUUGAAGAAGACCAAGACCAAGACCAAGACCAUGUUGGAAGGCUCCUUUUAA